GCGGCUCUCGUUUCUCUUCUUCUGCUCUGAUAUUUUUCACUCCAUUCACCGUAACGAUCAGAAAGAAUUACAGGGGAGCAUAGUUGCAGAGAAAGAGAGAGCGAGAGAGAGAUGGAAGCAGAAGGAACUAAAGGAACUGAAGGAAGGAUAGUCGGUGUGGCCGUGGAUUUCUCAGCAUGCAGCAGGAAGGCUCUGAAAUGGACGAUUGAUAACUUAAUCCGGAAUGGAGAUAACCUCGUUCUCGUUACUGUGCAGCCUGAAGGUCAUUACGAGGAAGGCGAGAUGCAGCUUUGGGAGGCCACCGGUUCUCCUAUGAUUCCUCUUGCUGAAGUGGCUGACCCACAUACUAUGAACAAAUAUGGAAUCAAGCCUGAUGCAGAAACGUUGGAUAUUGUUUCCACUGCAUCUAGGCAGAAAGGGAUUAUUGUUGUGAUGAAAAUAUUUUGGGGCGAUCCCCGAGAGAAACUAUGCGAAGCAGUUGAUAGAACUCCUCUGAGCUGUCUUGUUAUUGGGAAUAGAGGACUUGGCACACUCAAGAGGGCUAUAAUGGGAAGUGUCAGUAACUAUGUGGUGAAUAAUGCUGACUGCCCUGUUACGGUUGUUAAGGUCUCUGAUAAUUAAUAAUUCCGGGAAGAUCAAUUGUCCAGGCCGGUCUAUAGGUUAAGAUUCUUGACAAUAUAAAUGUAGUACUUCCAAGUACUAUAUAAAUUACCUCUUGGCUCUUGUUGGUUGAACUUUAGGUUGGAUCGUCAGUUAUGUUUGUUGAGUAUGUAUGGAGUUUGUCAAUCAGUCUUGUGUAUUUUUGUACGCUACGAUAUGUUGCUGCUUGAAUAAAACUUUUGAAGUUCUUCCUCUAGUACCUCGUCAUUUGGUUAAUAAA